CCCCUGAGACGUGUGUGUGACAUGGAUGGUCAUGUGAGCAGGAGCCGGCAGAGUGAGAGUCUUCAUUGAUAUUCUGAGUCAGAUCAGGGUGGCACUCAAUGAAGAGUAGCUUUUCUCCUUCACCAACAAUGGUGAAAAUGGAGUGAUGUUGGCUCUGGGACCACAGGCUAGAGCUGGAGGCCCUGAUAUUUAUGACAGUUACACUUUACUUAGUGUUUACUCUGUGUCCAGAGAUGUGCUGAGCACUUUGCAUUUAUGAUCUCAUUUAUAUUAUUCCUUGAACCAUUUUGUUACUGGUCACCAGAGGCGUGGUGGAUGAUGCAUUCAGACCGAAGUGGGCUGAGGAGAGAGAGGAAGAUGAGAAAGUGGUCACAGUGCACUGGCUCUACCUGACAGGAAGCAUUUCUGGCCCAGCUGGAAGUGAGCAGAGGGCCGUGAGGCUCCUGAAGACCAUCCCAGAGACCACGGGUCACCCAACAUAUGCCAUGCUAAGGCUGGAUCUGUUAUGGUGAGAUUGGGCCUCAACUCCAAAAGGACCUUGUCAAGGAUUUUAUCCUCGAUGUGAAUCAAUCCCAUGAUGCAACAUGCCUCCCCAGCCCCAGCUCUGACAAUGAUGGCCACGCAGAAUGUCCCUCCCCCACCCUACCAGGACAGCUCACAGAUGACGGCAACUGCCCAGCCACCCUCUAAGGCCCAGGCUGUCCACAUCUCCGCACCCUCGGCUACCGCCAGCACACCUGUACCCAGUGCCCCUAUUGACCCCCAGGCCCAGCUGGAGGCUGACAAGCGAGCUGUGUACAGGCACCCUCUCUUCCCGCUCCUGACGCUGCUGUUUGAGAAAUGUGAACAGGCCACCCAGGGCUCUGAGUGCAUCACUUCCGCCAGCUUUGAUGUGGACAUCGAGAACUUUGUCCACCAGCAGGAGCAAGAGCACAAACCCUUCUUCAGCGAUGACCCAGAACUGGACAAUCUGAUGGUGAAGGCAAUCCAGGUCCUGAGGAUCCACCUGCUGGAGUUGGAGAAAGUCAAUGAACUCUGCAAGGACUUUUGCAACCGUUAUAUCACCUGCCUCAAAACCAAGAUGCACAGCGACAACCUGCUCAGGAAUGACCUCGGGGGGCCCUACUCCCCAAACCAGCCCUCCAUAAACCUUCACUCACAGGUUCAGAGCCACUGCAAAUGUCACACCCACAUCCCUCCACACCUACCCUUCCAAGAUUUACCUGCAGGAGAGGAGGAAAAGGUGCCUGAGCACUGUGAGAAAGAAGGACCCUCCUCUCCAGGACAGAAUGUUUCCUCGACCGACAGACUGAGAAAGCUGCUUGAUUGUUCCUUUGCAACACACUUGCUGGCAUCUAUGUGAGCUGUAGGCUCACCCCUUUGUCCCCUUCUUACUGAGCUCUUAAGUCCAAAAGACACACCUGAAGGCCCCUGUGAGGCUCACAGUAGCCCUUCCUGUUUGACAACCAGGUGUGGGGUUACAGGUAAAUUUUCAAAGAAUGAAUGGCGAGAGGUGCUGCCAAGGAUGCCUAAGAGCCUGUGCCAUUUUUAUGUCUAGACCUAUAAGGAUCCCUAGGUCAUUGGAGGGGGCGUUAUUGAGGACUGGCCUGGAGAAGGAGCAUCAUGACAACAAGCUCCAGAGAGAUAUACUCAGAAUCACAUCUUACUCACACCUCAGGGGGAUCUCUGUGGGACUUGAUAGUGAGUACUGCACAGGACAUGGAGCAAGAAGUGUAUUUCCUCUUCCUAUUGCUUGAAAUCACCAAAUCACUUUAUUACAGAUCUAAAAACAGCAGCCCAGGCUUCUGCUUGCUAAUACUCUCUUGAAAUAGACUCAUUCCUUCAGAGUCUUAUUGUACUUUCCCUUAUGAUCAAAAUUAGCAAGAAAGUUGCAUAAAAGAGGACAAUAAUUGCUCAACGAGCAUCUCGUUUGUAAUUUAUUAGUUUCUAUUAUUGUGGGUUACCAUGGUGAUGCUGCACAGCCCCGGUGACG